CGUCGUGUUGUGUAAAAGUGUAGAAAUAUUUAUUUUCAUCGUCCGUCGUAACGGUUUUUGUGUUUUCAAUCAUAUACACAUCGAUUAAGAAAAAUUCGUUCGAGUGUCGUGAAGCGGUUCUUUCUUCGUUUGUUAUUUAAUACACACGCACACUAAGUAUCUGAAUGAACAGGACACAUUUUUAAACCUAUUACAAAAGCAGAUUCCGUCAGUUUUCAUAUCAAUAGACAAUCGCCAAAUCAACCGCUGCAACUGCAACUGCAGCACGCAUCCUGUCGUGUGAUAGCCAAUGGUGGUAAAAGUAAAAAAGUGGAUAAAAAAAAACGAAAAGUUGUACGUACGAGCAAGUUUGAAUAGAGUUAUUUAAAAAAAAUUAUUUCGGCAACAAACCAACAGUGUGUGCAAGUGCAUUGUAAUGUGCGUACAAACACAUAUUUUUUGGUAUAUAUAACGAUCCUUUAUCACAUGCCUGUGGUGUUUUGUGUUUUAUGGAUGAUUGUGCGUUAUUGAUUUUAGAAUAGGCAAAAUACGAACUCCAUCAGGUUAUCGAGUGGAUACUCGAAGCCCAAAUUACAAACAAAAAAUAUCAACAACAGGCAGAGAAUCGAGAGAAAAAAAAAAGACCGCGGCAAGAAUGCAAAAACCGACGAAAAAGCGAUAAAAACAUUUAUAGCUGUUUUCAGUUGAUGUGUUGUUGCUUGUAUUAGUGAUUGAAGAGAGCGAUAGAUUCCUGUGCAUGCUGAAAACGCGAUAAAACAUACAAAGCAAACAAGCAACCAAACCGAGCAUAGAUUGUGCACACACACAUGUGCACACACAUAUUCACACAUACGACACGGGCUAACAGGAAGAAAAGUGCACAGUGUGCAACUUAAUGCACCUACUAAAAUACAUAAAAUUUCAAAAAGGGUGAUAUUUCUCUCUGUAAUCGAUGCCAUUUGAUAUAUUCGCUGCUUAAGCUCGAUGCGUUCCCGUUCACUUUCGACAUAUACAUUGUGUGUGAUGGUGCAUUUCAGCCGUUUUUAGAUAUAACCCAACGUCACCCAAAUAUACGCGCAUAACAAGUGCAUUUCGGGCCCAUUGAAUGCAAUCGCUUGAAUAACAACAACAAUAGCCACUCCACACUUGUUAAAACAGAGCUGAGUGUGAGGAAGGAAGAGAGAGAGUGCAAGAAAAAAAUAUAAGCCGACUGACUUUUCAUGCCAGGAUUCAUGAACCACAUUGUGCUCUUGUUAAAAGUUACCCAACACCAAUAUAACACGACCAGAUAAAAAAUUUUACUUUCUUUUAGCCACUCAGGCUGCCAUUCAUUCUCUGCAUCGAACCAAAUUAACCAUCAACUUCAAAUUGAAUGACACCGUUUUACUUCGCAAAUUUUAUGAUCCGCUUUAACAUACCACUUGGUCGAGAUAGCUAAAAUAUAAAAAGAUAAACAGAAAAAAAAACAUCAGCGAAAAAUUGAACGCAUAUACGUAUCGGUGAAUAAUAUCACGAAAUUUCAGGUGAUGCCAAGUUUGAUCGCAAAUAAGAAGCACAUUUUCCCACCCACAGAAUAACAAUUCAGAUAAAAUAAUAUAGGAGCGGAUUUAAUACACACAAUAGAAUUAUGUCAAAAACGACACCGGUCGCUUCACCAUCGCCGCCGUUGCGAUCAACGAGUCGACAUCAGUCACCACAAAUCAAGCACAACUCAUCGGACUCAUCAAUUCAUCGCAAAUCGUCUGAGCUUGUCUGCGAUUCACCAACCGAUUUUCAAUCACUUGCCGCUAAAUCAACCGAUGUCUAUCAAGAUGAUGAACCAUUUUCUGCAAAUCUAUCAACACCUACCAUUGACAUUGAUGCUGAUAAUAUUUGCGAUAAAAUCACUGUGAAUUCGGCCCACCAACAAUUUUGUCUUCGUUGGAAUAAUUAUGGACGAAAUUUAACAAAUGUAUUCGAUCAAUUGCUACAAAAUGAAUCAUUUGUUGAUGUAACACUGGCAUGUGAUGGCCAAUCCAUAAAAGCCCAUAAAAUGGUACUAUCGGCAUGUUCACCGUAUUUUCAAAGCUUAUUUUUUGACAAUCCGUGUCAACAUCCAAUAAUUAUAAUGCGCGAUGUCAAAUGGACUGAAUUGAAAGCAAUCGUUGAAUUUAUGUACAAAGGUGAAAUCAAGGUGAGCCAAGCCGAAAUUGGUCCAUUAUUACGUGUCGCUGAAAUGUUAAAAAUACGUGGCCUAACUGAAGUAAAUGGCGAACAUGAAUUCAAUACGGAAUCGAAAAAAUCCCGUUCAGAUAGUCCACAACAACCGUCCGAACAUAGUCGAGCUGAAACGCCAUCAAUUAAAAAAUCGCGACCACAUAAACGGCUAUCGGUUGAAUGGGAUGAAAAUCGAAGCAACACUUCACCGCCAUUGGAAAAACAUCGACGAACAAAACGGACAUCGCCUACAUUCGAUCGACAUUCAACAGACAGUCCAAGAAUCGAUACAGCGACGGCAAGUGAAUUUGCAAUAAAUACAAAUGCCGCCCAAUCAACAUCGGUAACGCAAAAAGGCCGGAACAAUAUAUCACCGUCUUCUGCUGGACGUCACGCAACUAACAUCAGUACAACACUAUUUCCAAUAACUUCACAGUCAUCCGUUGAUCCAUUAGUAUCGCUCACAACUACCGAAGAUAUGGAAAUCAAGCCCGGAAUUGCUGAAAUGAUUCGCGAAGAAGAACGGGCAAAAGUCAUGGAAACAGCACAGACAUGGCCGGGAGUUCCAUCAACAAAUACUUUGGCUGAAAGUUAUCAAUAUCAAUUGCAAUCGAUGUGGCAAAAAUGUUGGAGUACUAAUCAAAAUCUUGUGCAUAAUUUGCGAUUUCGUGAACGUGGCCCGCUGAAAUCAUGGCGUCCCGAAACGAUGGCCGAGGCGAUUUUUAGCGUUUUAAAAGAUGGUUUGUCAUUGUCGCAAGCGGCACGAAAAUAUGACAUUCCAUAUCCGACAUUUGUUCUGUAUGCAAAUCGUGUUCACAAUAUGCUUGGUCCAUCAAUGGACUCAGGCUUAGAUCUACGACCAAAGGGAAGAGGACGACCGCAACGCAUUCUACUUGGCAUCUGGCCAGAUGAUCAUAUAAAAGGUGUCAUUAAAGCCGUUGUGUUUCGUGAUGCAAAAGAUUUAAAGGAUGAUCCGAGUAUUCAUUUGGCAGCCGCAGCUGCUGCAGCCGCCGCAUAUGGCCGACAUUCCCCGGUUUAUCCGUUUCAUGACGGUGCGAUUCCUGGUUUUCAUUCAUCUCCAAAUGGUUUA